AGUAAACCAGGUUCCCCGGUACGGAGUUGUAUAUACACGUCCCCGCCUUAGACUUCGAGUAAAUAACCGUUUAAUAUUAACUGAGGCUGCCACUGGGUUUUUUUUUAUCGUAUUUUAUAGUUCUAGGCUCUCCUUAAAUGUAUUUUUUUUUUGUCAUUAUUGUUCAUAUUUCUGCGUGAAUUUUAAUUAACGUUGUCUCGCUGUGCGCAGGCUAGCUGUGUCUGGAGCGACACGUGCUAAUGUUCACGUUUUGGAAGCUUUUUUUUUUUACGGGUUUUAACAUUUUAUUGGGUUAACAGUUCUGACGAAGAGUCACAGUAGAUAAUCGCUGUGAGAAUGUACAGACCCGGUAAGAGGAGCGGUGGAGGAGGGAUACCGGACAGGUGGCUCGACUAUAAAGCUGUUGGAAAAAGACUCGAAGGGACUCGUUUCAUUGCCUUUAAAGUUCCACUCAAACGGGCUCUGACUCGUUGUCUCUCGGCCGCUGAUGUCUUCGGUCCUUGGGAGCUGCUGGACGCUCUGAGCACAGACAAUGAAGAGCUCGGUCUGAUCGUUGACCUGACGUUCACUACACGCUACUAUCAACUACAGGACCUGCCGGCGUCGCUGCUCUUUGUGAAAAUCUUCACUGCGGGUCACGAGGUUCCCCGCGACAACACGAUCCUGAGCUUCAAGCGUGUCGUUCGCAGGUUUCUACGAGAAAACGCAGACAACGACAAACUGAUCGGUGUCCACUGCACCCACGGCCUGAACCGCACGGGUUACCUGAUCUGCAGGUAUCUGAUCGACGUCGACGGGAUGGAUCCUAAACAGGCUGUCGACUUGUUUAACUCGUCACGGGGCCAUGACAUCGAGAGAAAGAACUAUUUGGACGACCUGCAGCAUGGACCAAAGAGGAGUAACGAGGGGAUUGAAGAGUCGAAGGAGGAGCCACAGAGAGGCUGCUCUGCCGAGCGGCCGUCUUCUGAGUCAGUGGACUCUGCGGACAGAGAGGACAGACGAGUCAGAGAGGACAGACGAGUCAGAGAGGACAGACGGGUCAGAGAGGACAGAGAGGACAGACGGGAAAGACGAGCACACGGCAGUGACUCCUGGUAUCACAGAUCUCUCUCUCCUCGAGCUUCAAACCACCGCCCACAUCAUCAUGAUCAUCAUCAUUAUCCUCCUCCUCCUCCUCCUCCUCCUCUGUACGGCGGCGAUCUUCUUUACGAUCCACCGCGAAGGAACGGCGGCCUUCUGCCCGAGCCGCCGUCCAUGCCUCCGCUUCAUCUGCACACGAGAGCCCACUUCCACCCGUACCAAUGGACCGCGCCUCAUCUCGACGGUCAGUGGGGGAGCCACAGCAGAGCCCCGCCCCCUCGCUACACAAGGACAGAGCAGGAAGAGGAGGAGCUGGGCCGCCGCCUCCGCUCACACUGGACCGAUGAGGACGAGUGGGCGAGUCAUCGCCACAGACACACACACAGCAUGAGAUAUGACCACUACUAGACUGAUCACAUGAUCACGUGACUGUGCUGACGGCGGAGCUGCAGUCGUCACAAAUCCACAACAGAGUCUCAUUUUAAUGAGCUGCGGCUGAAAAUGCAUCAGUGGACGAGGGACAUUAACAUUUUAUUGACUUGUUUUAUUUGCAGGAGGUUCUAGACAACUUUAACAAGAUGUUCACUGCUUUUAUUUUAGCUGUGAGACCGUGUUUUCUUACAGGAAACUGAAGUUUGUGUCACGAGAAGCGAGAGAAAGCAGUGAAUUUAUUUAGUUUUUAUGAAAACUGGCGUCAAAAAUGAAUGGUUAUGGUAAAAUUGAAAAGAGGAACCAUGAAACUCACCAAUUUUGCUUCAUCCUUCCAUUUUUGUUUUUUUAUUGUUUUGCUGUUGCUAUAGUUACGCCUGAUGUCCGCACUACUCAGGAACUUUGGUGAAGGUAAAAACAAUUUUUUAAAAUCUGGACUGGCAGAAAGGCAGAUUAUUUUUGUUUGAAAAUCCGGAUCUGAUUUUUACCCGGUCACGUGACCAGCUCGUGUCCUCUUCUAGGUCCAACCAUAAAAAGAACGUAGAAGAAGAUUGUGUCCUUUAGUAAAGCUCUUAUUGUUCUACAGAGGUCACUGUGCCUUGUUCAGCCAAAAGUUGACCUUGCCAACAAGAAUAAAUGUUUGAAACAUG